CUCUGGCUUACCACAGCGCCACAGUGGCAUUUCAUAGUUGCUUUUACGUCAGGUUUGAGACAUUGCUUCAUACACAACGUCUGUCUGCUUCAGAAUAGUGAGAGUGGAGUAUUCACUGUGCUAAAACUGGGAUAUUUGCUAAACCUCAUGAAGUGAGGGCCACAGAGAGCCAGGCUAUUUCACUGUGAAUGGCAGCUGGUACUUACAGAGCAGUGUAACAGAUACUUUUAAAGUUGAUGAGGUGAAGGCAACGAGGACACACGUCUGGAAACUCAAGCAGUGUUUUUAGAAUGUGAUGACAGCCUGUUCAGGAGAGAUGCAGUACUUAGUGUGUCUGAUGCUGGUGAUGCUGGUGGUACAAGCCGUGGAGGGUUGUCCUGAUGCAUGUAAAUGCUCCAGGAAGUCUGGCCCAGAAAAAUCAGAGGUCAACUGUCAUAAGAAAGGGCUAAAUGCCUUUCCCUCCAACCUGCCCCCAGAUGCCUGGAUCCUCAAACUAGGUGAGAAUGGUAUCACAGACCUGAAGGCAGCAGCUUUAAAAGGAGUUCCCAAAAUUGAGAGCAUCAACUUAGAACGUAAUGCCAUCAAGUUCAUCCACCCACAGACUUUCUCUGGUGCAAAGCAACUGAUGCUACUGAAUCUCUAUGGCAACCACAUCAUCACCCUUCCACCAAGAGGAUUCCAGGACCUCCUGAACCUUCGCUUCCUUAUGCUGGGACAGAACCAGAUUGGCAUCCUCAAAGCAGAGAUGUUUGGAGGCUUGAGGAACCUGUCUGAACUGGACCUUCCUCUCAAUGCCUUGACAACAAUCCCACCUAACACUUUUAAACCUCUCAUCGCUCUCAAAGUUUUAGACCUUUCUCUGAAUCGUAUCCAUAAAGUCUCCCCAAAGUCCUUCACGGGUCUCAGACAGCUCCUCUUCCUCAAUUUAGACAAUAACAGUUUGAAGACUGUUCCUGCUGGAGUUUUCAAGCCACUGCGAUCUCUGGAGAUGCUGGUUCUAGACAACAACCUCCUGUCAGCACUGAGUCCAUCAAGUUUAGAUGGCCUGAGCAACCUACAGGAGCUCUACCUGCGGAACAACGAACUUGAGGUCCUGCCACCUGAUGUGUUCCGGAACAUGCUCAAGCUUACUCAGCUGGCUCUCAGUGGAAACCGCCUGAAGACAGUCAGUGGAAACAUGUUCACCCAUAUGCCUGACCUGACAAAGCUGCACCUCCAUGACAAUCCUUGGCACUGUGACUGCAACAUUGGCUCCUUGGUACAAUGGUUGGGACAAACUAAGGCCACCCUGUCCCCCCAGGACUCCUUGAAGUGUGUCAGUCCUCCAGAGCUCCGUAAAAAUGUCCUCAGCAGCCUCCAAGCUGACAAGCUGCUCUGCCACACCUGAUGCAAGAAUACUCUCAAAGAAGACUACAGUGGGAUCAGGAGAUUUAAGUGAAUUUACUUCAAAACAAAUAUUUUAAUUUGUAUGCUGUGGUAGGGUUUGAAGUGUUCUUGUGCUGCGAUCCAAAGCUGCAGUUUAAUCUAUAGAUUUCUCUGUAGGGUAGCAUAUUUCUUUAGAACAUAUUGACUCUUUAGCAAAAGGUCUUGCAUCAAAUAUCACUUCUUUGAAUGUUCAGCAAUUCUGCCUUAAUAUCCAAUGUAAUAUCAACCCAGAGAGUAGCUUGAAACCCUUGAUCUGCACAUACAACUCUGAAGUUGCUGUUGAUUAAAACCUUUUCACUUCACAGAAACACUGCACUCCAUGAGCAAUGAAUAUAAGUGGACUGUCCUUUAUCACCAAACUCAGCACUGAGAUUACUGUUAUAAUCUCAUAUUGCUUGUCACAGGUUUGAAAAGUUGUGGAUGUCAUAAAAUGAGACUACUUUAAUCCAAUUCCAGGAUAUGGUUCCAGUAGGUUCUUAUGUGUAUUAAUGUGAG